AUGAUUUCCAGAACAGCUCGUAUUUCACGGGGUUUUAAGCUGCAAUUGAAACUGGAUAUUAUUCAUUGUAGAGCUAGCCUAGUCAGCCUACCAAUUCUUGUUCCACCUCAAAGAGCAGCACAAUUACCUUCACAACUGCGAUAUCUCCAUCAAUCACUGCUUCGUCUAAACACAACCACUACCGCGACCUCUUCUACCGCUUCACCCAACAAGUUAACCCAAGAACAACUUGAUAUUCUCAACCAGGAGCGUGCAACUGAUCAAGUAGAUGUCUGUAUUAUUGGCGGUGGUCCCGCAGGAUUGGCGACAGCAAUAAAACUAAAGCAAUUGGAUAAUGAGCAUGGUUCUGGGGAAAAGCGAGUUAUUGUUCUAGAAAAAGCUGGUGACUUUGGAAGCCAUAUUGUGAGUGGAGCUGUUAUUGAGCCACAAGCAUUCCGUGAACUUUUCCCUGAUGCAACUGGAGCAGACGGCAACGAUGAAAAUAUUCCAUUACCUGAGGAUAUGGUUACUUUAGUCACUGAAGACAAUAUGAAGUAUCUCACCUCUAAUUCGUCGUUUCCAUUGAUCGAGCCACCACAAUUGCAUAAUAAGGGUAAAAAUUACAUUGUUAGUUUGAACAAUGUUGUCAAAUACCUAAGUGAGCAAGCUGAGGAGUUGGGUGUUGAAUUAUAUCCAGGCAUAUCUGUUUCCGAGGUCUUAUAUAACGAUGCCAAGGAUACUGUGAUUGGUGUUGCUACACAGGAUAUGGGUAUUGAUAAAUCAGGUGCACCAAAGGAUUCAUUUGAAAAAGGAAUGGAGUUUCAUGCGCGUAUGACAGUGUUUGCUGAAGGUUGUCACGGCUCACUUUCCAAGCAACUUAUAAACCAUUUCAAGUUGCGCGAAAAUUCAGAUCCACAAACUUAUGGAUUGGGUAUUAAAGAAGUAUGGGAAGUUUCGCCUGAAAAGUUCAAAAAGGGUUAUGUUGGCCAUUCCUUGGGGUUCCCACUUACAAAAGAAUCAGCUGCAUACGGAGGUGGAUUUAUCUACCAUUUCGGAGAAGGGCUUGUCGCCGUGGGGUUGGUGAUUGGACUUGAUUACAAGAAUCCAUACAUUUCACCAUACCAAGAAUUUCAAAAGAUGAAGACACAUCCUUACUACAAGGAUACAUUGGAAGGUGGAAAAUGUAUUUCGUAUGCUGCAAGAGCCUUGAAUGAGGGUGGAUACCAAUCGAUCCCCAAAUUGUAUUUCCCAGGUGGAAUACUUGUUGGAUGCUCUGCUGGUUUCUUGAACGUGCCAAAAAUUAAAGGAACACAUACAGCAGUAAAGUCUGGUAUUCUUGCUGCAGAAUCCAUAUACAAUAGAAUUAGGGAUCAAGAGGAGGUGGAAGAAGAACAAACUGAGGAGGAGAUGGAAGAUUUAGAUGAAGAAGAACAGUUCUUCAAGGAAAUAACCACAAACCCUAUAGUGCUCUCCGAGUACGAGGAAGCCUUCCGUUCUUCAUGGGCUUACGAUGAACUCUACCGCGUACGUAAUGUUCGUCCUUCUUUCAACACACCUCUAGGUGUUCUUGGUGGUUUGGCACAUGCGGGACUCACUACUAUGGUCACACAGGGUAAAGAGCCAUGGACCCUACACACCAAGCAUACUGACUCUGCGGCAACGGAACUUGCUUCUGCGCACAAACCCAUUGCUUACCCCAAACCAGACAAUGAAAUCACAUUUGAUAUUUUGACAUCAGUAUCACGCACGGGUACUUAUCACGACGAAGACGAGCAGUGUCAUUUACGCGUGCCUAAACAGGAUCUUGACGCACACGCCAAAUUGAACUGGGAGAAAUACCAAGGCGUUGAACAGAAAUUUUGUCCCGCUGGUGUUUACGAAUAUGUGGAGAAUGAUAAAAAAGAGCUCGGAGUGGAAUUCAAGAUCAAUUCGCAGAAUUGUAUACAUUGCAAAACAUGUGAUAUUAAAGUUCCUUCGCAAGAUAUUAACUGGACCGUUCCUGAAGGUGGAGACGGACCAAAAUAUUAUAUGACAUAG